GAGGCCGAGGAGUGUAUUGCUCUGACUGUCCUGAAGGCGGGAAUAUACAGCCUGAAACUCAGAGAGGCCAGGCAGGCAAAGGAACAAAGCCUGCUGAUGGCCAAGGAAACAGCUGAGCAGGCAGUGGAAGCUGAACGGCGAGCAUUUGCCGAGGAGCGGAAGAAGCUAGAAGCUGAGGCCGGGGAGCUUCGUGUCAGGGUGGGCUCUCUCCAAGCCAAAAUCGCGGCAGCUGAGGCCGCUCAGGUCAAGUUUUCUGAAGCUCCUCCUCAGAUCCCGGACGGACCGGCCGAAAUGACAGUUGAUCUUUCCGCCGUUCGGGAUUCCUUCAAGACUUCGGAGGAGUUUCUGGCUCUGAAGGAGAAGUACGCCACCGAACAGCUCCCCGCUGUCUUCGGGAGGCAUCUGGAAAAACUGGCCGGAGAAGAGCGCCAGAAGGAGGG